AUUAGAAAUAAAUCAAUGAAAAGAAGAGCCCCAGAAUCAGGACAUGAUGACAAAGAUCUCGGUUAUAGGAUUCAAAGAGCGAAUGCCAUCAAGAAAGUUCAGGCUAAGGUGGGUCUUAGAAAGGCAGAGGGCCUUUCCUCGACUGCUAAGAGCAAGCCUGUAUCUAAGAGGAAGACAUUUUUUGAUUUCAUCCAUGCUCAAGACAAAAAGAACAUCCCUGACGAUGAUAGUAAAGAGAAUAGAGAUUCUUCUAACAAAAGAGAGUCCCAGUACCUUAGCAAGAAGCUGGAAGGCAUCAAGGUCUCUCAGAGGAAGAAAACUCAAAAGGGCGAAAUCGAGAAGACCCCUAAAAAUGAUAAUCAUGUGAGUUCAAACUCUUUAUUUCCCGCAAAUAUUUCGGAUGCUGAUUCUGACCUCAUCGAGGAUUACUCGAUUAAGACCACAAUGAGGAUAUUCAGCACUCAGAACAUGGACUGGGUUAACUCAGUGGCCUACAACCCUGAAGAUAUUGAGCUUAAAGAUGAGUUAGAGAAGGUCCUCAGCUACUAUGUGUACCCAGCCCAGCUCUUAAAAUCCAGUAAGACUGCCUUCAGGCAAUCACAAUUGUCACAGCCUCUUGAAAAGGUAUCAGAAACUGAGAAGAUAGACAAGGAAUGGUUCCUAGCAUUCAGGGACUGCUACAUUAAGUGGCUUUACUUCAGUGAUAAGGAAGGAGCACUGAGAGAGUUCCUUCUUAUCACUAACACAUACAAGGUUAAAUUUAUCAGUAAGGCCACUAUGGUUAAUGGAGAACUUCAGAGAGAGAAGUUUGCUGUAGUUACUAACCCAUCAGAACCCCUGAUGAAGAAGCUUGAGGAUCAAAAAGUCCCAUUGGAGAUCUUCAAAAGUCCUGACUCUGAUAGCACUGAAGAUGAAGAAUUCAGAGAUAGCACAAUCUUUAGCUUCAAAAAUGGGGAGAUCAAAAAGGACGAGCUCAAUCUGUUUGACAUCAAUCUUGUAGAUGAUGUUGAGAGGAAAACUGUAUUAAUAAAGCAACAAGACGGAGUUCAUGCUCUAAUGAAUGCAUUGCUGAAUCUUUGCCCUCCGUAUCUGAAAGAAGUCAAGCUAGUAGCUUCCUACUCAUUCACUAACAGUGUACAUAGAAAUGCUGAUAUUGAGUACAACGGAAAAAUGUUGAUGAAGAAGAGUCUUAAUACCUUCGGAGUAGAAACAACAAAGCAGCCAGACUGGUAUAGCGUAGAGCUCAGAGGGAUCUUCUCCUUCAUGACUCUCAAAAACUUAGUACAACUUCUUGAGACAAGAGUCAGACAAAAGAUAAUACAAGGCAAUGAAACAGAAGUAGUAAGGGUUAGCUGAGCCACUGGCAAAACUUCAGAAGGUGUCAAUUGGAUAGAUCCUAACAUUAAGUCAGUCAUGCAUAUCAUGUCUGAGACAAAGUUGGAAGAGGAGGUCCCCAAGACUAAUUAUAGUGUUAAAUUUCUUGCUUAAAUUCCAACAUUUUAA